CAGUCCCUGCACUAUUUGCUCCUCCUGUGUCACUCUGUCCUUCCCGCCUCACUUGGUCUUCCUGUCUCUCUUUCCUCAGUGGCAGGAUUGCAGAACCUGUUGCUGGCGUGCCCUUGUCUGAGCUUUCUGCCUGGCUUUUUUCCUCUGCUCAGAUCUUCUCUUUGCUCCGGUGCUGCACUAAGCAUGGAGAAUGACCAGUCUACCACCUCACCUGGGCAGGACAUCCAGGGGCAGAGUGGGGACAAACCUGCCCCUGGCCUGCCAUCCCCUGCUCCAGUCCCCAUGGAGCAGCCAAGUAGCUGGCCUGAAGCAGCCGUGUGUGACAUCUCAGAGGAGCUGAGCCGGCAGCUGGAGGACAUCAUUAAAACCUACGGGUCUGCCACCAGCCUGAUGGAGAAGGAAAGCACUGCUACAGGAACAGACAGACCUGAGAAAGGAGAGCCAGGCAGCUUGGAGGAUGCAGAGUAUGAAGAUGGAAAUGAAGAGAGUGAGAAAGAGAAGCUGGCUCCUGGGGAUGCUUCCAAAGCAAAGGAGCCCAGUGGCAACAAGGAGCAAAAGCUGGAGAAGAAAAUCCUGAAGGGACUAGGAAAAGAAGCCACCUUACUGAUGCAAAGUUUGAAUAAGCUGAAUACUCCAGAAGAGAAGCUGGACCUGUUGUUUAAGAAGUAUGCUGAGCUGCUUGAAGAACAUCGCGCUGAGCAGAAAAAGCUAAAGUAUCUACAGAAGAGACAGGCCCAGAUCACCAAGGAGAAGGACCAGCUGCAGAGUGAGCACAGCCGAGCCAUCCUUGCCCGCAGCAAGCUCGAGAGCCUGUGCCGGGAGCUCCAGAGGCACAACAAGAACCUCAAGGAGGAAACAAUCCAGCGGGCACGGGAGGAAGAUGAGAAGAGGAAAGAAAUAACUAAUCACUUCCAGGGCACACUGAGUGAAAUCCAGGCUCAGAUUGAGCAGCAGAGUGAGAGGAACAUGAAGCUCUGCCAGGAGAACACGGAGCUGGCAGAGAAGCUGAAGAGCAUCAUUGACCAGUAUGAGCUGCGGGAAGAGCACCUUGACAAAAUAUUUAAGCACAGAGAACUUCAACAGAAACUGGUGGAUGCCAAGUUGGAACAGUCUCAGGAAAUGAUGAAGGAAGCCGAAGAGCGACACCAGAAAGAGAAGGAAUAUCUCCUGAACCAAGCUGCAGAAUGGAAGCUCCAGGCCAAAAUGUUAAAGGAGCAAGAGACUGUCCUACAGGCACAGAUCACUCUCUACUCUGAAAGAUUUGAAGAAUUUCAGAAAACAUUGGCCAAAAGCAAUGAAGUGUUUGCCACAUUCAAACAGGAGAUGGAAAAAAUGACAAAGAAAAUGAAGAAGUUAGAAAAGGAUACUGCUACAUGGAAAUCCAGGUUUGAGAACUGUAACAGAGCAUUACUGGACAUGAUUGAAGAGAAAGCCAUGAGGUCCAAGGAAUAUGAGUGCUUCGUGUUGAAAAUCCAGAGACUAGAGAACCUCUGCCGUGCUCUGCAGGAAGAGAGAAAUGAAUUGUACAAAAAAAUAAAGCAAGCACAGUUCCCAGAAGAGGUGAAUGGAAAUGGCAUCUUAGAAGAAGAAGAAGACGAUGAAGAAGAUGAUACUAAAACAAUUUCUUCCCCCUCUGAGCAGGCGAGCAUAGAGCUGCAUGAGAGUGACAAGAAGAUGCUGAAGCAGCUGGCUGAAGCUUUCAGGGUGUCCCACAAGGCAGAGGACUUCCUCCCAAGCAACAGCAGCAAUCCAGAGACCUGUGACACUCAAACAUGUAACCCUGUCCUGGUGCCAGAACCUCCUGCUCCUCUCACUCCACAUUCAGAGGCUGGGAAAAACUUUGAGCAGCCCAGCAUGAGCACACCAACACCCACUGAACACACACCAGCACCCACUGAAAGUAUGACAGCGCCCACUGAGAACGUGUCAAAGCCCACCAAAAGCACGCCCUCACUUCCAGACAGGGUGCCAACACCCACAGAAAGUGUGCCAGUGCCUCCUCAGAGUGUGCCUGUACCCACUGGGAAUGUGCCAAUACCCACUGAAAGCAUGCCAGCAGCCCCUGAAAAUGUGCUAACCCCCUCACAAAGCACACCCAUCUCCCUUGGGAAUAUGCCAGUACCCAUUCAGGGUCCACCAAAAGCUGCAGAAUGUGUGGAUGACCUAGCAGAGAGAUCUGUCCAGGGUCAGUCUGUGGAGCAAACAGGGGACACAGACAUGGAAGCAGUGGAUUGAAGACACCAUGUCUCCAGGCUUGUCUUCUGCAUACCAGAGCUCUGCUUUGUCCUCUAAAUGGAUACCUUUUUUUUUUUUUUUAAGAAACAAAAGUUGAUUCCUAAAACACACUCAUGUAUUUGUAUGCAAAUGCAAUUCACUUCUCUUUGCUACCACUAUCCAGUAAUAAUGGGUCUCCAAAUUUUGCAGUCCUUCAUCUGCUUGAAGUAUAAUAUUUUCUUAAUGACAUGGAAAUACAAUGAAUUCACAGGAUCUUUUUUGCCAGGCAUGAUGAUUCAUCUCAUUCAGGAAAAUAAUUUUAGUGUUGCACUUCCAUGUUUCAAAAACCAUUGCAAUUCUCAUGCAUAUAUUUAAAGACUCAUAUUAAUUCUAUUUAUUUUGACAUUGCAUAAAAGAUGGCCUACUUGGACACACAGUGAUUUUAAUAAAUGAGGUGAAAGGCAUUUGUAAUUACAAAGUAAAAUAGUGAAACCAUAAAUGUGGUCAGCCAUGUCCAAGGAGCAGUGCAACAACCAAAGGUGAAUUUUUGGGCAAGGAAAUGACCACUCAGCACUGUAACCUAAACACCCACAAGCUUUCAGCCUUACCUUCCAUUGGUCUUUUCUGCUCAGUGUUCUAGAACAGGUUUUGUUUUCAACAAAACUACAGGGAAAGGGAAAAGAGCUUUUCUAGAUUGACAUAAAAUAACUGAAAACAACAGCAAUUUUCAAAUUGAUGGCAAUUCCUGAGGUAGGGGUCACAACUCUCUUUCUACAUCCAACAGAAAACUGCUACAUUAUCCUACUAUUUGGAAUCACAAGGCCGACAGUGGGGAUCAUGCCUGUUUCCAGCUCACAAACGAGGUGAGAAGUUCAGAAGUUGGUUGCAGAUCCCAGUUUCUAGGCAAGGAGCAAAAAGAAGAGUGAAAGGUACCAGGACGUAUUCCAGAAGAAUACAGAAGAAUAGUCCUGGGAUCAUGGUUCUGGAUGGUACUGUCCAUCCCAGUUACAGCCACAUGAACCACAGCUUCCUCCUGGCACUGCUGCAUGUGCUGAUGCUCCCAGGAGAAGGAUGAGGACUCACCUGUCACCCCAUUCUGGAAGCAGAGCACAAGUCAAUAAGCCAGAAGCAAAGAGGAACCAGGAAAGCAGGAAUGCCUCUCACAGAUACCUCCAGGGGCUGGCUACAUUCCCAUCCCCUUUCUUGUCUAACUGGCUCUUCCCAUCUGCCUGCCAAGAGCUAUUGCUUAAUAAUGUAGCCACCUUUUCAAAACUGGUUUAUGCUGGUGCCAAGAACAGAGAUGAAGAAGGAAGGAGGCAAGGGAGGAUACCUACCAAGACAGCUCUACUGUCUCAAGCAAGGAGAGUAAGCAAGCUUUUUGAAAGAAGGUUAAAAUAAUCCUGGGGGACAUUCCUUGUUUCUCAUCUCCCUCCUCUGAAUUCCACCCAGGAUUUUCAGUCUUAGCUGGGAACAGCUUAAGAAUUUGAAAAGGGCAAUUAAACAAGAUGUUUAGAGGUUGGAAAGGGAAAUAUUACAAUCAAAGAAACCCAUGUUUAUAGAUAAAUCCCAAGAAGACCCAAAGACAAAGCAACUUGUUCAAGCCAAAGUUGAAGUACAGGUGAGCCAAGAGGAAAGAUGUCAUCUUUGACACACUGUGGGAAACAGUGGCCACACAGUCCUUCCAGCAUGUCACUCUCCAAAAAUGGGGUUUAAAUCUUUGCUUACUGCCAACAUGGUCCUGAUUAAAUAUGUCCAUGAACUGCUUGGUUACAAAGCUGAUCCUUGGGGUAUACAGAGCAAAAACUGCAAAAGUGUUUGGAUAUGGCCCGUAGCUAUCAUGACUACAGUUUUCAAUUGUGAAUGCCUCACGUUAGAUAACAAGACCUACAGGAUUUAUCUCAUGUCUUUAAUCAUGUGAAAGUAGAUAAUUUGAGUCUUAUUUAUCUUAAGCUCCUUUUAUAAACAGUGGAGAAGGAAAAGCAUCUUUUGAGGACAAGUUAUCCCAUUAUAAGACUGGCAUCCAAGUCAGAAGGAAUUACGUUCUCUCUGGAGAUGAUCUUUCCCUUCAGAUACUAGAGCCAGCCUAAGACAACUAAUUUAAAUUUAAUUCCUCUGUUGUCGGUGUCUAAAUUAGGCAACGUGAAUUCCAUCAAAUAUUCAGAUUCAAAGCCCUAAGUGAAUGGCCAUCUCUAAAAACCAAGCCAGUUUUGUGCCUGUGAAAACAUUAUAACAAAUCUGUAUCUUAAGAUAAAAAGUUAUACUCACCUGAUACACUUCUUUUAGUUUCCAUUGACUUAAGUUGGUAGAAAUAUUGUUUCUGUUACAAGUUUUGUUUGUUAUCAGGGUGACUUUUAAAAUUAAUGCAAUUUGUAUACUUGUUAAUGUUUUGGGGGUUUUAAUUCUUGAUCUUGUUUGAUUCUGUUGCCAUUUUAGUAACCACCUGCAUGAAACUGACUUCUUUUCUUUAAAUACGCCCUUCUUUUUCUUCAAAUAGCCUUCAGUUGUUGAUGUUUUCUUAUACAUUCAUAUAUUUAAUGCAAUAAUAAUGAACUUGCAACUUUAGGUUGGUUCCAUUUUACAUAAUCAUUAUGGUCACAUCUUUAAUUAUGUAAUUCAUGUCUCAUAUCUUCCAACUUCAGCAGGCAGGGAGACAAGGAUCCUGCAGAUAAAAACUUCCUACAGAGUUAUGAUUUAUUCUUACAGCAUCAUUCCUCAUGAAUAAAUACACAGCCUUCUGGGAAAAUUACUCCCACUCUAUUCCACCUUCCUCAUUUUUGCCCUUGAAAUUCUAACACUGCAAAAUUCUAACACUCACAUACUUGCAGCUCCUAUUACUAUGAGUUUCUCUCACAGACCUGUUGCUUCUCUUCUUUUCUCAAGUACCAAGUGAAUUUUACCCCAGCAGUUUCCUCCUCAUUUUCAGUAUGUAUGCACACAUACAAUACUGAAAGCACAGAAGAGUGGCCUUCAUAGAUUUUAGUUUCAGGAUUUGGCUUCAUGUGUUUACAAGAGAUGAGAAUUGUAGGGAAGAUUCUGGCUGAUCCCAGGCUGCAUAGAGUAUUUAGAGUCAAACUAUGGAGAUGGUUCAUGUGUAAUCUCAUGGCCUGUAGAGCUGUGGAAAACUGGAGUGGAAAAUCUGUAAAAUAUAACCAAGCAUCUCUUUAUCAUCCACUGCAUCAGACUGGAAGAUUAAAUCACCAUCACAGAUUUCUGUGUGCUAACCUAGAUCGUCUCAUUCUUCUUCAACAUAAAUUCCUGGCCUCCCUUGCUCUUUUUUUCCACUGGUACCCAAUAUAAAACUGACUAUGCACAGUAUCCUUGUGAAAAGCCUUUGGGAUGGCAGUCUGCACAACAGCUCUGCUGCCCUUCCCCAGGUGCCUCUGCACUCAAGGCACAGAAACCCACACUUCUGUGGGUUUCAACACCCAUUUGGAAGCAGUAAGGGACAGUGAGUUGUGUCUCCCCAGUGUUCAUUGUUAUCAUCAUUAUUCUACUAAUCUGGCACUCUCAUCAGUCCUGCUGUGUUCUGUGAUUGCCUCCUUUAGUCUUGCUUUUAUUUCACACAGUUAUUCCCUUACCUUCACAGGCACAGAUUUGGGGGUGAGAAGAGGUGGUGAUGGUAGCUAUUUCUUCCUUACUAAGAAGCAAUAGCUUUUUUUAAAAUCAGCAUCUGCUGACAUUCAUUUGGUUUCUGGAAUUUCUGUUUUCUCAGGUUAGGUGGUCCAGGUGCCCUAUGGCUGACGUGGGAAAGCUUCAGCCUGCACACUGCCAGCUAGUUCAGGUUCUGAAAAACAAAGUUGCAAGCUGAACACACCUCCAGUGUCACAGUCAAUCCUACACAGAAAUGAACCUUAAGUCCCAAGUGUCGAGUGCUGCUAGUCAUCAUGCUAUCUCUUCCCAUGUGUUUCCCACCAGUUUCCAGACAAACAAAAAUAAAAUGCCAUCUCUGGCAGAAGUGUGAGUUACAUCUUGUCCCCCGUGCCCCCAUUCAAGGCAUCGCUCCCACUCAGAUGCUGCACCCACUGCCCUCACCAGUGUGCCACUGCAUGGCUGCAUUUGAAUUGGGUCACUCAAACAAUACAGGUUAAAAAUACACCACCACAAUCACCAAGAAGAGCUAAUUUUAACUCAGAUCAUUGCAGUGAUCCCGCUGGGUUUUUGUUCUGAUGGUAUCUAGGGAAACAUGACCUCAAUUCUGGUCACCAUAACUGCUAAUUGAACUCCACCCAUCCUUUGUUCAUAAAGGAAUCCACACAUUUGGAUGUUAAUUCUGGAGUAUAAUGCUGUUCUCAGAGUUAAUGGCAGCCUUUCCAUUGACUAUUUUAACAGACUUCUCCUGGACCAAAUACAGAAUUUGGAAAGUUGUAUUUUAAAACUCAGUCUGACCCCGCAUAAAAGACAGGGAAGACACAAUAUCCAACGCACAAUCGUAAUGACAGCUGCAGGUUUUGGAACUGUGUGUUACAUCUUCUGCAUAAAAAGAAAGCUCUCACACUUCCACACAGACACCCUGGUAUCUCAAAGAGCAGAACAGGUCAAGUGCCAGCAGCAGGGUGAUCACUCAAACUUCAAGGAUCAUGUCUCUGGUCCCAGUUGCUGUGGUAGAGGCUAAUUGGCAAAAUGACUCAGCAGUAUGCAUGUACUGAGUUUCUCUUCUCUUCUCUUCUCUUCUCUUCUCUUCUCUUCUCUUCUCUUCUCUUCUCUUCUCUUCUCUUCUCUUCUCUUCUCUUCUCUUCUCCUCUUCUCUUCUCUUCUCUUCUCUCUUCCAAAAUGUUAUUAAAUCAAAGUUUAUAGACCACAGCACUCCAGAACACAGAACUCUGCUUCUGUUACACUGGAGGCUGAAUGUAAUAUCAAAAAAAUGAAGCUUUUUCUUCACAGAAAGAAGAGAAACAGUGAAGUCCAUGACAUUUUUACUAGCAGCCUCUAUUUGUGGGCUGGUAAUGCAGUGUUACCUCCUGAAAUCCAAGGUCACAUUUACAUCAACUGAAGACAGUUUUAAGUUUGUGCUUCUAGACCAUCACUAGACUGCCAGACCAUUGCACAAACCCACACCUUUAACUGCUGCUAUUCUGCACAGCUAGAAAGUCUGUUCAGAAAAGUCUUGAUGACAGAAAUAGCAGCUUGACACAAUUGGAAAGAGAUGGACCUGCCAUCAUGAAAGAUGUCUUAGCAGCAGAUCUCUGCACCUGCCUUGGUCAACCCAUUUAUCUCACCUGGCAUUUUCUGCAUCAUUAAAUACACCCAUAACACUUUAGAUGAAAAUAACUGCAGUUUACAAGCAUGGUUCACAACACCAUGGUAUGUUCAGCUGUCUCCUCAGAAAGGUGUAAUGGUUUAGCCCCAGCUGGCAAUUAAAUACCAUGUAGCCACCCCUUCACUACUCUCAUCCCCACUGUGGGUUGGAGAGGAAAAUCAGAAAAGGUAAAACCCAUGGACUCAUGGACUGAGAUAAGAACAGUUUAACAACUGAGAUAGAUUAAAAUACAACAAUAACCAUUAUUAUUAUUAUUAUUAUCAUUAUUAUUAUUAUUAUUGAGAUGAAACAGGAGAUAGCAAAGAGUGAGAGAGAAGUAAAACUGAAGAUGAGUGAUGCACAAUUCAGUUGCUCAUCAUCCACUGACUGAUGCCCAAUUCAGUUGCUCACCAUCCACUGACUGAUGCCCAGCCUGUCCCUGAGCAGUGAUCAGCAGUUCCUGGCCAGCUCCCCACAGUUUAUAUACUGCACAUUUCACUCUGUGGUGUGAAAUAACCCUUUGGACAGCUCGUGUCAGCUGUCCUGGCCAUGUUCCCUGCUGGCUUCUUGUGCACCUGCUUGCUGAUAGAGCACAGAAAACUGAGAAUUCCUUGACUUAGAAUAAGAACUAGAGAGCAAAAACUAAAGCAUCAUUGUAUUAUCAACAUUAUUUUCAUACUGAAUUCAAAACACAGCACUGUACCAGCUACUAGGAAGAAAAUUAACCCUAUUCCGGACAAAGCUAGGACAAAAGAAUAUUGAAGUUCCCUUUCUGUAAAAGCUCACAGUGACCUUGUGCCUGCAGAACAGCAGCUGACAACCCACCCACCACAUCUUUAGUUUAUUAUGUUUGCUGUUAUCUAUUUCUGUGUCUCUGUUACACAUAUAACAAUAAAGAUUCUUAAUGAAGCACAGCUUAAGCCACACUUACCAGUGAAUUGACAGAUACCACACUGACAUCCUAAUUAUGUAUUAAUGUAACAUAUCAAGUGAUGCAGGUGUUUUGUUACAGACCUGCAGAGCUGUAGUAAGAUAUUUUAGUGGUGUAAGCCUUGCAACAUCACAGCUGCAGGGACACUGCUGCUCUCCUUGUCACCCUUCUACACCAGAGAGGCCCUGGGUUUCAUGCAGCACCCUGGAGGAUCCCACAAGUACCAGUGGAUAGCAGGGCGAGGCAUAGAAUGCAGACAUCAGGUGGUGGUACACCUGGAACUCCUGCAAAUUUUGCACUAUGAUCUCUGCUCUUGAGACCCUGUGUCUCACACAAAUUAAUGACCUUUCUGCCUCAUAUUGCUGCUUGUAAAAUGUGGGUAGUGAAUAUGAUUGUGAAUUAUUUUGAGUGCAAGUAACAUUUGCUUUUCAAUAAGACCAAUUGCUUUCAUCUAAUUUAAGAUGCCAUUAAAAAUUAUAAUCAUGUAAUAUCAUAUUGGUAGGGAACUUUAGAGAUCACCUCCCCUUCCUAAUGGAAGCAGGAUCCAUUUUGAAACUACAUCAGGUUGCUCAGGUCUUGUCAGUUCUGAGCAUUUCCAAGGAUAGAGACUGCAUGUCUCCAGACACUUGUUCCUGUAUUUGAUUUUUCUUCACAGUGAUUUUUUUUCUUUCUGUCUAAUCUUCCUUGGUGCAGCCGAUGUCCUUUGCCUCUCUCCUUGCCAUUAUGCAUCACUGUCUUCUCUAUAGCAUCCCAUCAUUAGUUCAAGAUUCCCUCUGAGCCUUCUCCAGGAUGGACAAAACCAGCCCUUGAGAUGACACAGGACGUUCUCAUUUCACAGCAAGAGAACUCACAUACAUGUUUAACUGCAGCAGUGCAUUCCCUGCCUGUUCACACUGCUGCUAUCCAAGUAAAGCAGCCACCACUUCCCAUUCAUCCACCAGUACCUCAGCAUGAACUCCAUCACAGUGGAAACUCUCACCUAUUUUUGCAGCAUGGCAGCUCAUGGUAAUAAUUUUCUAACUCAGCCUGGUGAAAAUGCCUCAGGCAGCUUUAGAUUGUUAUGAAAAUGCUUAAGCAAAUCAAAUCGUUUUGAAUUGGCUUUGCUCAGGGAAUGACUUUGUAGGCAGCUGUGCCAGAUGAGCAGAGAAAACAUUGUUGGCCAACAGGUGGGUUCAUCCAGGUCCAUUGGGAAUGCAAAAUCCUCAUCCUUCUGCGGCUGCAGCUCCCACCAGAUGAGUGGCACAGCAACAGCUACUUGAGCACUAAUUCCCAUAGGCUCAGACUCCUGUGCUUGAUAGAGUUUUUCUCCUGAGGUUUUGUCAAAACUUUCUGAGUCCUCAGCAGACAAGUAAUUGUUAACAAUAACAUUUACACAGGUGUACGAACUUUCCACACACACUGUUCCUGCUUGCCAAGCAAAAUGUUACAAAGGAUCAAGAAGAAGAAAAAUGCAGCAGCGCAAGAACUUAGUUAAAGCACACCCACACGUGCUAUGUUCAAACAGAGAAAGCAAAACAAGCAAAAGUCUUUUCUAAUCCUUAAAGGUUCAGAAGCUUAAGUCAGUUUUUUAAAGAUAUUUUGUCUUGUUGCACCAGCCUAUUCCUGAGAAGCCACUCUAGACUAGAGUAGAAUAGGACAGAAUAGAACAGUUCAGUUGGAAGGGACCUACAAUGGUCAUCUAGCCUACCUGCCUGGCCACUUCAGGGAUGACCAAAAACUGAAGCACUUUGUUGAUGGCACUGUCCAAAUGCCGCUUAGAUACGGACAGUCUUGUGCUAUCAAGCACUCCUCCAGGAAGCUUGUUCCUGUGUUUGACCACCCUCUUGCUAAAAAAAAAUGCUUUCUAAUACCCAGUCUUUGUUGCAUUUUUUAACCAUUCCCACGUGUCCUAUCACUGGAUUUCAAUGAGAAGAAAUCAGCACCUCCCUCUCCAUGUCCCCUCAGGCAGCUACAGAGAGCAACAAGGUCAAAAUUCAGCCUCUUUUUCUCCAAACCAGACAAGCCCAAAGUCCUUCUCCACUCCUCAGAGAACAUGCCUUCCAGCCCUUCCACCAGCUUUGUUGCCCUCUUCUGGAUGCACUCAAGGACCUUCACAUCCUCCUCAAAUUGUGGGCCCCAGAACUGCUCACAGUGCCCAAGAUGAGGCUGGUGGUGCCAUGUCUGAUGCACCCCAGGAUACAGUUUGCCCGCCUGGCUAUCCGGGCACACACUGCUGCCCCACACUGAGCUGCUGCCCACCAACACCCCCACAUCCCUCUCAGCACAGCUGUUCUCCACUCUCCCAAUUUAUACUUGUACCUGAUGUUACUCUGUCCCAGGUGCAGAAUCCGGUAUUUGGAUUUCUUGAAUUUCAUCCCAUGAAUCAUUGCCCAGUACUCCAAUCUAUCUAGAUGCCUCUGCAAGGCCUCUCCUCCUUCCAGAGUCAUCAGCACCUCCCAGCUGACUACUGUCAGCAAACCUGCCAAGAGGACAAUCAACUGCUGCAUCCAGAUCAUUUUAUAUAUACUAAACAUGAACAUAUCCUACAGGGCAUCUCCCAGAGGUUUUCCAACCACCAAAGUCUGAAUAAUAUAUGUGUGAUAACACUUUA